GUCUGCUCCGCCAGAUUUUUCGGGGUGUCUAUUUUCAAGAAACACUUGUGUUCAUCGGAACAUGUAAAGAAAAUGAAGGAUAUUUUCCCACAAGGUGCCAUCAGCAAUUUUGUGCCCCAUGUGGUUUUUAUGGACUUAAAACAGGCUCAUGCAAUCGAACCAGUAGUGGGUUUGUCUCUGCUCACUCUGUGUUUCAGUCCAAGGUUGGCAAUGUACCUCUGCCAUGUCUGUGAGCAGUGCGUACCACUAGACAGAAUUUUAAACCACAUUUUUUCUUCAGAGCAUUGCAUAAGCUACUUUAGCUACACAAACCCAGAUGUUUUGAGUUUCUCCUGGAUCCCUCAGAUGAUCAUGAAAAACAUUUUGCGGCCUAAGUUGAAACAGGAAGGAAGGAAACCUGAUCUUCAAGCCCUGCAGAUUUUUCAGUUAACUGAGCAGCUGAUGGAUAGGCUUUUAAAUAAAACUUACUCAGAAGUGAUGCAAACUUUAAGUGAAAACAAGAAUCUUUUUGAACUUUUUAAAG